GACACUCCGCGGCGGAAGCGAGGGCGGACCGGCCGCUUUGCGCCGCGGAUGUGGAUGAGCCCGCGGGCCGGAGGCGGCUCCCGUUCCCGCGCCCGCCGAGCCCGAGCCCGAGGCCGCGGCCAUGACUCCCGCCGAGCAGAACGUCACCUGGCUGAUCUCGCUCGGCGUCCUCGACUCCCCCAAGAAGACGCCGUCCGACCCGGAGGAGUUCCUGAGGAGCGCGCUGAGGGACGGGCUGGUGCUGUGCCGCCUGCUGGAGCGGCUGGUGCCCGGCUCCCUCGACAAGGUGUGUGCCGAGCCCCGCACCGACAGCGACAGCUGCAGCAACAUCCGCGAGUUCCUGCGGGGCCUCAGCGCGCUGCAGAUCGAGCAAACUUUCGAUGUCAAUGACCUAUACAAGGGGCAGAACUUCAACAAAGUUUUGACCACCCUCUCAGCACUUAACAAGGCUACCGAAGAACGAGGGAGUGGAAGGACAUGCUCCUCUUUCUCAUUCAAUCACAGUAACUCGGCUAAUUCCUCGAGCAGCACACAAGCACCAGCCACAAAAGCAGCCAGGACUCUGCGGAGGCAGUCAAAAAACCUGGACAUGACUGAGAAUGGGAGCCAUCAGCUGGUGGUGAAAGCCAAGUUCAACUUCAAGCAGAACAACGAGGAUGAGCUCUCAUUCUCAAAGGGUGACAUUCUAUAUGUCACUCGAAUUGAAGAUGGAGGAUGGUGGGAAGGCUCAUUCAAAGGAAGGUCAGGAUGGUUCCCCAGCAACUAUGUACGGGAGAUAAAAUCCACUGAUAAGCCACUUUCCCCCAAGUCCCUCAAAGGAUUUGAGACACCUUCUGUUACCAAGAAUUAUUACAGUUUGGUUAUUCAGAAUAUUUUGGACAAUGAACGUGAUUAUGCAAAGGAGCUGCAGGUGUUGCUCAGCACGUACCUGCGAUCACUGCAGGCUAAUGACAAGUUAUCUGCAGCGGACAUUGCAGCACUGAAAGGGAACCUGGAGGAAAUCUGCUCGUUUCAGCAAAGCCUUUGCCAGACUUUGGAAGAAUGCGCAAAGUUGCCAGAAUCUCAGCAGAAGGUUGGUGGCUGCUUCCUGAAUCACAUGCCACAGAUGAAGUCGCUGUACCUCACAUACUGUGCCAACCACCCAUCAGCUGUGGGUGUACUCACAGAGCACAGUGAGGAGUUGGACAAGUUGAUGGAAAGCCAAGGAGCCAGCAGCCCAGGCAUCUUGAUGCUAACGACAAGCCUCAGCAAACCCUUCAUGAGACUGGACAAGUACCCAGCACUGCUGCAGGAGCUGGAGCGGCACAUGGAGGAAUCUCAUCCUGAUUAUCCUGAUAUUUUAAAAGCAAUGGCAUCUUUCAAAAAUCUAGUGACUCAGAGUCAGGAACUUCGAAAGAGGAAGCAGUUGGAGUUGCAGAUCCUCUCUGAGCAAAUUCAGGGCUGGGAAGGUGAAGAUAUUAAGUCCCUUGGAAACGUCAUCUACAUGUCGCAGGUCAUGGUGCAGUGUGGGGCAAGUGAGGAGAAGGACGAGAGGUACUUCAUGCUGUUUCCUUCUGUGCUGCUGAUGCUGUCUGCAAGUCCCCGGAUGAGUAGCUUCAUCUAUCAGGGAAAAUUGCCAUUGACAGGAAUGACUGUAACAAAACUCGAGGAGAAUGAAAACUUUCAUCAUGCCUUUGAAAUUACAGGUAACAUGAUUGAACGGAUUCAGGUGUCCUGCAGCAGCAGUCAGGAGCAACAGGAGUGGGUGGACAGCCUACUGAUGCUCACCAAAGGCACUGUCCCUGGGAGUGCUGUCACCAAACCGCUGCCUGUGACAUCCCAGCCGCAGCAUGGAGAGAGUAAGCAGCCUCCAGCAACUCCGUCACAUCAGCCCCUUGCUUAUUCACCUCCCCAGUCUUACAGCACUGCCGCACAAAACAGAGGCCCCCUGGAGCCACCCAAAUUGCCCAGGCCUUGGACCCUGAGCUGCCUGAGACCUGCACCCCCACUGAGACCUUCGGCUGCAUUAGGCUGUAAGGAGAGGAUGUCUUAUAUUUUAAAGGACUCCAGCAAGAGCCCCAAAGCAGUGAAAAAGUUCCUCACAAAACGGAAGACCGAACGAAAAACUUCAGACGAUGAAUUUAUUUUACGUAAAAGUACAGCAGCCCUGGAAGAAGAUGCACAGAUACUUAAAGUCAUCGAGGCAUACUGCACCAGUGCAAACCUCCAACAGGCUCAUAGUUCAGUCUGUCGAAAGGACUCGGCACCGCAAGUUCUGCUUCCAGAAGAGGAGAAAAUAAUUGUUGAAGAGACAAAGAGUAACGGGCAAACUGUAAUAGAAGAAAAGAGCCUGGUCGACACAGUUUAUGCGUUGAAGGAUGAAGUUCAGGAGCUGAAGCAGGAAAAUAAGAGAAUGAAGCAGAGUCUAGAGGAGGAGCAGAAAUCCCGGAAAGAAUUAGAAAAGAUGAUCAGAAAAGUGCUGAAGCAAUUAAACGAAUCAGUGUGGGAUGAGAGUGGUCAUUAAAGCUGCCUGCCCUGCCUUCUCAACACAGACUGAGGCAAACAGCAAUCUAGUGGCAGAGCUGCCUGUGAUUCUUGGACAUGCACAGUCAUGAGGGAUCCUUGGUUUAUUGACUGUUGAUUUCUGUGGAUUGGCAGGUGACUGAAGAGUUGAAAUCUGAUGGGAAAUUGCACAGGUCUGGGGAGAGAAACACCACUGGAAAGUGGGAAGCACUGCCUACCAAAACAUGACAUUUGUCCUCAGAUCGGUUACCAGCUUUUGCAAAGUGCUGCCUGCAAAUGACCUCCCAAUUGUUUGUGAAUAACUUCCCGUGCAGUCAAAUCAGGACUGUGCGACAGGGCAACAGCUCACUCUUGGAGCACUUGGCAGCUUGGCUGAAGUUCAAGGCCUCCUUGGUGUUGCAGUGGGAUAGCACCUGUUGAUACCUUCUCCUGCACAGAUCACUGAACGUUAAGCCGUGCACAUGCAUUUCCAGGGAUAACUCAGGUUUCUGAGAGGUUCCAGGCUGUAGUUGAUUUAUUUAUGUUUUUCUGUAUUAAGUCGCACCCUGUUGUCACAUAACCUCCUCUCCCCACAAUCACUGAUGAUGUUGCUGAGCAGAAGCCUUGUCAAUGAGGAGCCUUAAUAAUGACAUUGCAUCGAAUGCAUGUGCAGCUCUUACCUCCAAGCACCCAAGUACAGUGUGUACAUAGAAAGCUCUUCUUAAAGUGGUCAUAGCUUCUGUGCACUCCUGUAUAUUACAGGAUUGUGUUUAAUAAUAUAUAAAGGUUGCAGGCAGCUCAUGUUCCCUCUUCCUGAUGUGGUGCAGAGCAGCUGUCCAUUGACAAACUAAGCUGUAGGAGUUACCUGUGCAAGCACGAUCUUAAUGUCCAGUUGGUGAAGUGAUGGCUGGGCUUGAAGGUGGGAAGAAUCAUGUGCUUGGGAAUAACCACAGGAUAAUGAGCAUGUGAUCCAGGGCAGUGUCUGCACCAACUACUGAAGAUGGCCGUUCACACUGCGCUGUGGUUACAGUGCCAGGGCACUGAUUUGCAGUGUGACACUGAGAGGCAGUCCCCUCCACGUCACUGUGAAAUGGGGCUUCAGUCUAGCACCUCUUACAUAUUGGUACAAAGUCCAAUCAUUUUCACACCAGCACUGAGCAUGGAGUGUGCCGGCUCACUCUAAACAACUUGUGCUUUGAGUCCAGCUGUGAAUACAUCCAUACUUCUGGAUUUUUAAAUCAGUGGGGCUCGGAUUAACCUGGGAACCCACUGUUAACGCUGCAGCCAGUGCCUGUGUUUGUGGAGAUCCUUAGUCCUAGCACACACUCAUGCGUACACACACACACACACACACACACACACACACACACACACAAAAGUAGGACAGCCUUUUAUAAACAGCCUCCUUUUAUAAAGCUGAAGUCAUCCAUUCCCUCAGCUUAACCUUGUAAAUAAAUAGCUCAUAUUUUGGCAGGAUCUCACAACACCAUAUGAUUCUACGAAAUUCUUGUACUGUUGACUGAAUUUUUUUUUGCUGUUAGCUUCGAUACGAUUAAAUUGAUUUUCUGAA